GCAGUAGUUUGUCUUUCUCCAUUUUGUCAUCUGUGUGAUUACAAUUAUAAUGUCUGAAUUGCUUUUCCUGAUUGCUUACUUCUCAGUAUUAGAUGCCCAGUUGGUACAGUCUCCAAAUUUCCUGAAAGCCAGUGCUGGAAAAUCUGUUAGCCUCAGUUGUGUCAUUUUUGGGGCAACUGCAUCAUGUUAUCAGAUAGUGUGGCAUUUCCAAAGACAUACAGAAGCUCCUCGUCGAUUGAAUUCUCAAGGACGAUUCAAUAUAGCAAGUGGAACUUUUCAGAGUGAUUGUGCAUUAAGCAUAAGCAAUCUGGAUAAAAGUGAUUCUGGAAUAUAUCAUUGUUCUAAAUGCAUCAAAGACAUUACCAUUUUUGGACAGGGGACAACACUCAUAGUUGCAGAUGAAUCUGUGGAUACACCAUCUGUUUUUAUCUUUCCACCAUCUGCUGAAGAAGACAAAGCCCUGUGUACAGCAACACUCGUUUGCCUGGUGUGCAAUGUCCCCUCAGACAAAACACACAUUUUCUGGAAUAUUUCAGGGAAAGUUAUAGAUGGGAUUUCAUCUCCUGGAGUAAUUACAACAAAUGAAGAAUACUGUAUGACCAAUGAGUUAAUAAUGCCAAGCAAUACUUGGACAAGUGAAACUUCUUAUAUUUGUGUGGUAGAAGCAAGUCCUGGAAACUUUUUAAGAAAGAGCAUGUUGCGAGGUAAUCAUUUUUAUUUGCAAUCUUUUAAUUAG